UUUCUACCAGGAAGCCUACUCCGUGGUGCACAGCCUGAAUUGAUGGAAGAUCUCAUCCAUUCUUUGAAGAAUGGAGAUGAAGGCAGGAUACAAGCCUUAUUGAGUGAAGUAGCAGACAAGUCAAUGCCGAUUGAAGAUGAGGAAGUGGGGGAGUUACCUCACGAAGAAGAGGAAAAUCAAGAGUAUAUGGAAAUUGCAGAUAGAUGGUUUGAGGGCCUCGUCUGCCAAGACAUUCCAGUUACCAACGAAGUUUAUGCGAUUCAUAAUGUUGAAUUUGAUCGUCAGGUAUUAUAUGCGCACACUUUAAAUGUUCAUUGGAUGGCAUAACUAACAUGUCAGUUCAUGUGUUGACUCGAAGUAUGAGAUAACAAGGACCUUCUGUAUAGCCUAGUUUGCCAAAUAUAAUUUGAAUAAAAUGCUAAAACCUUUUUUAGAAGAUAUAUAACUGAAGUAUCAGAAGUGAGAUUCUGGGUCACUGCGGAUUUUUUGGGGAAACUGGAUCUGCUGAGUCUACCAACAGUUAGUCUCUCUAGGAAUAAGAUCCUAUUAUUAGGAAGGUUCAUAUUAGUUAUGAUUUUAUUCUAGUGGUAGAAGCCAACCUCUAUAAAAAGUGAUGAGU